AUGUCUUCCAAGGACGUUGAUGGCCAGUUCCAGUUCUUGAUCGCCUGCAUCAAGAAUUCUACUGCCGGCAAGGUUGACUUCGGUGAAGUUGCCAAGCAGUGCGACAUCGUCAGCAAGGGCGCCGCUGCCAAGCGAUACGAGCGACUGAUGAAGGCCCACGGCAUCACCAGCUCGCCCUCUGGUGGCUCUGGUGGCUCUCCUCGCACUCCCGUCAAGAAGGAGAAGGGCGCCACCCCCAAGAGCUCUGCUACCAAGGGCUCCGCCGCCAAGAAGCGCAAGCUCGAGGAGGUCGACGACGAUGUUGGCGACAUCGACGAGCCGGUCAUCAAAGGUGAAGUCAAAUCCGAAGUGAAGCCUGAAGUGAAAUCCGAAGGUGCCAUGACAGUGAAGACCGAAUACAGGAAUGGUGGCAUCGCAGCCGUGGCGCCAGCCUUCGCGAGCCCGGCCGAUCCUGGCACACCUCAGCGGUUCAGCCAGGAUGACGAUGACGACGUCCUCGUGGUCUCUUCGAGCGAGAAGCCAGGAAGCAGUGUCCCAGCCUACGGCAGCGAUCACCGCCAUCAUCACCACCAUUCUGUCACGUCGGCACAAGCUGUCCCUGCCACUCAUACCUUUGAUUACCCCACUAACGUGACCUUCCAUCACCAGAUGACCCCGAUGAGGACGACACCGGCGGAGAUGAUGCCGGCGAUGUCUAGACCGCCUUCGGGCACCCCUCUACCAUAUGGUUUCCCUGGUUCCUCCCCAUUCAUGCACAACCACGACACCUCAGCGUUCUUCUGGCAGACACCCAUAGGCAUGGCUCCGUCACCUUCAGGCAAUGCCAAAGAAGGACACUGGGACAAGGGCUUGUGA